AUGUCAUUCGGUGGGUACUCUUUGUCUACACUAAGCAAUCUUUGUCGGAGAGAAUAUUCCGGUAGCCAUGCUCCGAAGAAUACCUUUUACCUCUUCGUUCCGUUCACAUCUCUUCACCCGCCACUUCCCUCCAUCUUACAUGCUGCCGCUGUCAUCUUCACAGACCGCCGUCAACCUCUACGGCCGCCACUCCCUCCGCCGGCUUUCCACUCCUACUACCACUACUCUUCGUUGCAUAAUUCAUACGCUUCAUCUGAUCUCGUCUCCGAACAUCCUCCAUUCCUCAGGAUCUACAAAGACGGUCGUGUCGAGCGUCUCGCCGGCACCGAAACAGUCCCAGCAAACGGUGUCAUCUCAAAAGACGUAAUAUACUCACCGGAGCAUAACCUCUCCGUCCGUCUCUUCCUCCCCCAUAAAGCCACCGAACUCGUCACCGGUAACAACAAGCUCACGCUGCUUAUCUACAUACACGGCGGAGCUUGGCUCAUCGGAUCCCCAUUCUCACCCAUCUACCACAAUUUCCUCACGGAGGUCGUCAGAACCGCGAACUGCUUGGCCGUGUCGAUUCAGUACCGCCUCGCGCCUGAGAAUCCAGUACCCGCGGGGUAUGAAGAUUCAUGGUCUGUGAUACAGUGGAUCCUCUCUCAUUCAAACGGGUCUGGUCCUGUAGAUUGGAUCAACAAACACGCCGAUUUCAACAGAGUUUUUCUCGCCGGAGAUAGCGCCGGCGGCAACAUGGCCCAUCACAUGGCCAUUAGAGCCGGCAAGGAGAAGCUUAACGCAAGGAUCAAAGGGACUGCGAUACUGCAUCCAGCUUUUUGGGGGAAAGAACCAAUCCACGAGCUUGAUGUGCAAGACAGAGAAGCGAGGAGGCGAGUUGCUGAAGUUUGGGAGAAUCUUGUGAGUCCGAAUAGUGUAGAUGGAGCGGAUGACCCGUUGUUUAAUGUUGUCGGAUCCGGGUCGGAUCUUUCUGAGUUGGGAUGUGAGAAGGUUUUAGUUGCGGUGGCUGGGAAAGAUGUGUUUGUGAGGCAAGGUUUGGGGUACGCAGAGAAGCUGAAGAAGAGUGGGUGGAGAGGAGAUGUGGAGGUUAUGGAGGAGGAAGAUGAAGAUCAUUGCUUUCAUCUCUUAAAUCCUAGUUCGGACAAUGUUCCCAGAUUCAUGAACAAGUUUGUCGAGUUUAUUACCGGUUGA